AGAGCACGCGAGGUUUCUUUAGAUAGGAGUCGCACUGUGCACGAGCCGCUUGCGGCGAGUGCCCAGUGUGCUCCAUCUGAAGAAACCGAGCUUUCUCUGCAUUUACUUUUACGCACGACAGAGCAAGUGCAUUAUUUGUUUUAUAAAAUAGCAACACAGAAACAAUUUUUUUAAAAGUUACAGUACAGUUUUGUUGGACUUCUACCGCACUGGUUUGCUCGAGCGUGCAAUGUCAAUUUUCGUUGCACACCUUUUGCACUACCGUGCAGUGCACAAAAAAAGUUGGAUGUCAUGUGACGCGUAUUGACCAAUCGCGAUGCUUGAAAUAAUACAGCUAUUUUAUAAACACAGAUAUCAGUACGUGGGAUGGGACUGAACAAAAUACUUCCGCUAUGCUGCCCUCUGUAGUUGUUUACUUGCACCCCAGGCAACGGGAAACUCUUCGCGACCUACCGUACUCCAAAGUCCAAGUCCAACACGGUUUUUUUAAAACAGGAUCCAGAGAAAUUUGGCCAAAAUGUCUGCCAGCACGGAAAUGCCAGGAGUGAAUGCUGCACUCCAGCGUCUUCAAGAAUUAGCUGAACGGAUGAAGAGUGAAGAAUUUGGCUUCAGAGAUAAUGAUAUUACAAUGAUUGACGGAGUAUCAGAAGCUAUCAAAGAAUUGGAUGCAGAGCGAGUGAAGCUCCACAUGCUUCUGGAGACAGAGACAAUCAACUCAAGUAUUCUUCGACAUCAGCUUCAGUUCUUUCCUGAUCAGAUCAAGAAAGAAAUCAUGGCGGCUCUUGAAUCAGCUCGACAGUCUAAUGCAGAUGAGCUCAAAAAUUUGCAGGAUAAAUUGCAAUUGCUGAAUGAGACCAUUGACGAUCUGGAGGAAACACACAAGAAAUUGAGCAAGGAGAAUGCAAUUCUUGCUCCUGAGAGAGACAUGGUGCGAGCCCAGCAUGAAGAGGUCAUUUCACAACUCAAUCAACGUCUAGCUGAUAAGGCUGGAAAACAAAUUAUGCUGAAUGAGACAAGAGAUCAUCUACGUGAGACAAAUCAAAAGAUUGUAGAUCUUGAGACGGGGAUUGUGAUUUUGAAAGAAGACAUGAUACAGGAGAGAUCUGAUGCAAGGCAAGAGAAGAAAAGACUCAAACAGGCAGUGCAUGACACAGCCAAGAAGACCAAGAAACAGAAAGAAGCCAACAUAGCUCAAAAGAAACAAGUAGAUCUCCUUCAAGAACAGUUGACUGCCAAGAAAUUAGAGCUUAAUGACAUUCUGAAGGUCAUACGCCGUUUUGACACUAAUCGCACCAGAUCAGAAGCCCAAGAGAAACUGUUACAGGAUCAACUUGAUAAAGAAUUAGUGCACAAUGAACAAAUGAAAGAUGAAGGAAUAAAGCUUUCUCUUCAGUUGACUGACCUAGAAACAAAGACCGGUAAGAAAGAAGCUAUACUGCAGACCAAGGUUACCGAGCUUGAAAGAGACAUAACAAAAACUAACAAGCAGUAUGAUGGACUAAAGACUGAACAUGAUGAGAAGAAAGUCAUUGUUGAAGAGGCUUUGGAGGUGGCAGAAAAGGAAGGCUCAAAGGUCCAGGAGAUAGAUAAUAUUUUGCAGAGUAAGAAAGAUGACUUGACCAAGAAAGCAACAGAUACAGCUCGAAUGAAACUUGAGAAUGAUGAGAUGGAGAUGAAGAUGAAGAAUUUGGAAGAAAAUCACCAGAUAACAGUUCAACUGUUGACCAAGCAGAUCCAGGACUUCAGAGAGAACCUGACCCGAGAGCGCAAGGAACGCUUUGAGCUUCAGGAGAAGAGGGAUGCAUUGAGUCGAGAGUUAGAAGACUUCAGGCAGGACUUUGCCAAGUAUAUGAGUACAAUGAGUGAUCGCAUCAACAAGGCUAAACAAGAUCAUGUAGAUCUUACAAAUGAGGGUGAGCAGCUUACAAAAGAUAUCGCAAAAGAUGACAUCACAAUCAAAACACUUGAAAAGGAUUUGAAGAAGGCCGAGGGCAAUUUUUCCAAAGUGAAGAAGAAGCUGCAUGAUGAGAUUGCAAAUAUAGAAAAUAAAAUAGCUGAUGCUGAAGCUACUUUGGAAGCUAAGAUGAAAGAACUUGAGGAGAAGACACCUAUCUUUGAGGAGCUUGAACGAAUGUUUGAAGAGAAACAAGAUGAAUAUAAAAAUAAGAAGAAAGGCAUAGUGGAGUUGAAGAACAAGAAGAGUGUCCUGAUGACGUCAUCAAACAGGGCUCAGAGGGAGAUACAAAAACUCAUUGCACCAGGGCCUGAGAGUGAGACUGAGGAAGUCAAAGUCAAACUACCUGAACUUCCUCCCAUCGGAGAAUCUCUCUUCACGUCAGAGGAUGAGACCAGAAAUAAAACCUUUAAGAGUCUCUCAAAGGUGGCAUUGAGACACUUGCUAAAACAGCAACGUUCAGCUGCACUGGGAAGGAUGAAAGAACAAGGUAGAGAGUUACAAGAGCUGGAAGAAAACAUCUUUCACGCUGGACGUAAACUCAAGGCAGUCACUGAAGAGAAUGUCAAAUUCACAGGGGCUAUUGAGAAGAUGAAGAAGGAGAGUGUUUCAAUUGAAGAGCAGAUAUCAAGACACAGCAGCCUGGAGGAGAGCCUAAAACAUCUUGUCAUUUCCCAAAGAGGACACCUAGAAGUAGGUUGGGAGAAGGACAAGGCCCUGCAGGAUGAGUUUGCCAAGCGAGAUCAGGUGUUCCUUGAUGAUAUCACUGAUCUCUGUCGCCGUGCUGACCAUCGGGAGCAGGUGGUAUCAGACAUCACGGACAAACUCCAGCAGGAGAUACUGAUGCUGGCCUCUCUCCUUGAGACGGUUGCUGAAAGAAGACCUCCGAAUACCAGUCAGGGUAGUCGACCAACCACAGUCCCACGCCCACCUACCGUCCUGAGAGAAUACCUAGAAUCACGCACCAACCUCACAACCCAAGCAGGAAGAAAGACAGAGCUACAAAGUCAACCCAACUUUCUCAAUCAGACUGUACCAGAAGAACUCUAGAAAGUAGUAAAGACUGUCUAACAUCAGCUAUCAUGGAAGAAUUGGACACAAUUAGAGUGUUUACCAAGUAACAGGUGUUGUCCAUCAUCCAGAGUGGAAUCCAGUUUACGACCAAUAACCGUUUGUCAUGCUGUAUGUGGAAUCCAUCUCCUCAUGUGGUAAAAAUGAUUAUCUCACAUUCCCUGAAGCAAGCAAAGCAAUGUUUGGUGCAGCAUAAGACUUGGCUGACCCCUAAAGAUGCAAUUACACUGCAAUUUUUUUUUUCAGUACAUUUCAGUCUGGUGCCAGAAAAUUUUAAUCUACUCCCAUGGAAGCUCAAGAUAGAUUGCCUUUGAUCUUUCCGAGGAAUCCAAGGUCCAUCAGAUUAUGUCAUUUUGGAACAUUAUUUAGAUGCCAGAUUCAAACCUGCAGGAUGUUUCACAAAGAUUUAAGUCUGACUAAAAAUCAUACCUAAAUUUUCAGUUUUGUGUAGUAUACAAUGCAUGGUACAUGUAGUAUUGGUAAUAUGCUCUGGAUAUGUACGCCUCUGUGUAAUAAUCAGUGAUAAGGUGCACAUUGGCAUUUGAGCUUGUCUUUUAUUUAGACUUCACUCUUUGUGACACCCCCCGCUUGGUUUGAAUUCCUCACUGCUGGGGCUUAUCAGAGAUAAAAGUUAUCUGCUUUGGUUAUGAAAACUUCUCAUGUAAAAGGCAAGGCCUUGUAAUGGCCAAAACAAAAAAAUGCCUUAUGUGGUAUUGUAUCCAAAUUUCACCUGUAUCUCAAAAAAAUGAAGCCACUAUCUUAUGCCAAAUGCAAAGAUUUGAACGGUUUGCUACUCUCACGAUUGUUUUUUAAUUAUGUAUAAUCUGUACAUAUUUGAAUCUAGUGUGUGUUUAUUUAUUUUAUUUGUGAAAGUGCAAUAUUAUUCUAAUAUUUAAUAUUGUAGCCUUGGCAACAUAAGUAACCUUGUCAACACAGCAACUUGAAUUACAUUGAUUAGUUGUAUGGUGAAUGUAUGAAAUCUUUGUGAAUGCAUAUAUAUGAAUGUGCCUUUUGAAUAUCUAUGCAUCACAGACACAGGGGUAAUUUCUUAUUUAAAAAGUUUAGUUCCAAAAGGUAUUAUAUCCAUAUUUUGAUAAUGCUUCAGAGAAAAUGCAUCAUUUACCAAAUUGACUACAGGCUUCAAUGGAAGAGUGAUUUUAGGAAGUGUGCUUUUUUACGUUGUUAGAAAUUCAAGUUUGAAGCUCUUGUUCAAAGACGAAAUGUCUGAUUGAAUAUUAGAUAUGAAUACCUCAGUAUUUAUCAGAAAUGGAUCUAGUACCUUUUGGAAUAGUUUUAAGCUGUGAUUCACUGUUUUUUCAUUCAUGAAGGAUAUCAAUUGCAGAUAGGAAUAAUUCAAUUUGUGGCAAAGGUUCACAAUUUUGUCAGCUUUUUUUUAAUCUUUAAAGAAAAUAUGAAAUCAAUCUCAUGCAAUAUUUUUCUAUUCAAGCCAAGAAAAUAUACAGAGGCUAAUGAUUUUUUCUACAAAAUGAUUUUCAUCCUAUCAAAAAUGUAUAUUUGGGAUUGAUUUUUUGAACUGUGUUCAAACACAACUUUUUCUGCAAAGUUCCCUUGAAGUUACAAACAUGCCCCUGUAAAUUGCUCUGGUUUCAAUUGUUAUGCUUUUAAUGAAAUUCAAAGAACAGCAAGAAAGUGCUCUUAAUGGUUGGUAUAUGAAACAUGGCCAAAUGAAAGCUAACAUGCUAAUGCAUUCAGGCAAACAAAUGCACCAGAUAUUCUCUACAGGGUGUUCAAUAAAAUGACAAUAUGUCAAGUGCCUUUUAUAAUUAAUAUAAAAGGAAAAUGUCACUUUGAAAAACAAUGUGAAUUGGCUUAUAAACUUGAUUCAGGUUUCUUUUCAAUUUUAAAUGCAUAAACCAGAAUUCAAGUAAUGUUAUACUUGGAACAGAACAAAACUGACACAAAAAAAGUGCAUUUUACCAUAGUUUUAAUCCGAAAUAUUUCAGCUCGCAUUACGUUUAUGUAGUAUUACAUUACAUAUAAUUUUAAUUUUUUGUUCACUGAUCAUAGUACUGGAUAUGGAUGUAGAUGUACUGCCUUUUAUAAUUACGACAUUCCAUCAUUUGUUAUGUCAGUGCAAGGGGGUGUUAAAAGAAACAUAUUUGCAAUUGAUUGCAUUAUCUUUUUUUUUUCUUCAAAUUUGUAAUAGGUUGAUUAACUAAAGCUAAGCAAUUCAUAUUUUCUGUAGCAAGAAACAGACCAAAAUCAAGAAGAAAUCAAUUGCAGGACAUUACUUUUGUAACAAAUACUAUUGGAACAAAAAACUGAUGUGAAAUUGAUUGCAAAUUUUGAGUAACACCCCCUUUUCAAUUGUGACUUUUUUUGUGUCAGUACUAUAUAUAUAUCCCUUUACAUAAUUUCUAUUGUCGAUUAAAUCAUCUGUUCACCUACUAC